AUGUCCACCCGUAGCUUCACCGAGGCAGUUCCGCUGUCUUUGAGCAGCAUGGCUCAUAUGAGCCACGAGUUGGAGGAUGGAGUGGUCGAUGGCCUUCGCCAGGUUCUGCAGCACACGUUGCUCUCUUGUGUCAACUACGUCCGUAUGGUGCAUCGCACGCAUGAGUGGACCCUCCAUGAUUUGGGCACUUCAAUGCACUCCUUCACUCCUUGCAAAGGCGAACAACCACCCAAGGAUCUGCCCUGGUCCCUUAGCCGUCUAGGUUUCAAGCAUCAGUACGCUCGGCAUGCCUUCAUCUACUUUAAGCCACUCUGGAAGAAGCAAAAUGGACAAAUGGAAUCCACAGCAGAAGAAGAGCAAGCCUUGCUUUCGUCAGGAUGGGAGGACAAGCCUUACGUUGUGGGACGUCUCAGUUUACUCUACGCAAGUCAGGAACUCUUGACCAAAGAGGAGCUGGACGGGACCGAAUCAGACGAUGUACCGCCUCUUGUCUUGUACAAAGUCCUGGUCGAAUACAGGAGCUUGCCAGCGACUGGCAGUCAACAGGCCGUGCAGGCAGAAGAGCUUUCCAUGUUGAGCUUCGGGGGAAGCGUCGACGAUGAUGUCAAAAUUGGGGCACUGGCCAGUCUUUACGAUAGUACGGCCAAAUACGUCCUGGAAAUUUACUCGGUCAGGGGGAAAAAGUACAAAUUCGAUCUCAUGGACUCGACGCUCAGUGAUGGAACGGUCCCCAGUCUUAAUUCCAAGAGUGAUGGAGAUCCUUUCGUUAAGAGUCUUUGCGUAACCGUCACUGAUCAUGAAAUCUCCACUCCCACUGAAGAAGCCAAAGAAAAGGACGCUAAGGAAGCCACUAAGGAAGCCAAGGAAACCACUAAGGAAGAAGAAAAGAACAAAACCAAAUACGCAAUCACACGCAUUCACCUGACACUCGACGGAAACUUGCGCAAGGGCAAAAAUUCCUUUGAGAACCUGCCAAAGUUUGACGCGGUCGUCCACAAGAUCAACCAAACCUUUCUCUUCCUUCACACACCAACACCCCUCAUGGCCACCGGGAAACCCUCGGGACAAACCUUGCUCCUGGAUCCUGACCAAGCUGGAAAACUUUACAUCAACGGUCGUUACCUCACCACCUGGGGAAAGGAUCCCAAACUGGGUUCGCACUUUCCGGCGCUGUUUGGGAUGGAUCUCCACUCGGUAUCAUUUUGGCAUGGGCGUGUCAUGGACUUUGAGUCUCUCAAAUCCUUGUACGAUCCCGUGGGUAUCUCUGCAAAGGCCCUGGCAACUACCUUUGCUUCAGAGUUUGGGAAAAAGGCAUAUCCGUGCUUGACGCACGAAGUGGACUGGGUGAAGGAUCGGCUCCCGGGACGAAAGCCCGUGGUGGUCCCACAGAGGGUGGUAAACGUGCUUCGUCGUGGAGGAUACUUCAGCGUGAAAAUGACAUCGAGUGAACUGUGGUUUGCGGAGAGCCGACCGCCGAAAGAGGGGACGGAAACCAAAGUGGUCGAGGCAGCGAUUAAGAAGCUGGAGGAAGCAGGAUGUGAUGAUGUGAAAGCUGCUCACAUUGUGUUCAGUCCUGGGAAUGACAUUGACGAUGUUGUCAAGAACAAGGCGGUUUGCCGGUACAAUGAAACGCUUCAUCAGUUUCACUUUCACGAAAAAUUCUUGGCUUCGGACAUGUCAGAAAUGGCCAAUGGGGAGACAAAGGAUGACGGGGAUGACAUUGAGGCGCGAGCUUUCGUGAUGGGAAUGUUUGUUUCCCAACAGCACCCGGAUGGAACCAUGGCUGUACGUUAUUUGCUUAGAAAUAAAAAUUGA